AUGGCUCCGAAACACAAAGAUGGCGACGUUGUCGCGGUGCAGUGNCUCUUCACUAUGAGAAGAUUGUGCAGAACGAGCAUUUCGGCUACCCUAUCGAAUGGUUCCCUUCAGUCUCUGCCACCAUUGGCGACCGGUACCCCGAACGCUCCGUCUUCCAACUCUUUAUCGCAGUCACGUCUGNGCCCUCGAUUCCUGCUCGUCGCAUUGUGGUACAUCCUGACAGCAAGACCCAACCAAACACUUCCCAAGUUCAUCCUGGGCGUCGGAAUCUUCAGAACCUUCACUUGCGGAGGCUGGACCUAUGUCACGUCCACUGACGACCACGACUGGCACGACAUCUUCAUGAUCUCCUACCUCGUGGCUACUCUGCCCUGGACCCUUGGCUGCAUUGCUCUGAGCCCCAACAACCCCAAGGCCAUUUACUACCGCAAGGUCUUUGGUGGUGCCUUCUUCGCUACUCUCGUACCUUUGGUCUACUUCUUCAUCCAGCACAAAGUCCACAAGGUGCCUGGUGCUUACACCAUCUACGCCUUCUUCGAGUGGGCUCUCGUCCUCUUGGAUGUCGCCUUUGACGCCGUUACUGCACUCGACUUCAACAGCCUCGAGCUGGUCGUCAAGGACACCAAAGGAACCAGCAAAGGCAACAACCAGAGAGUGGCCGACAAGCUUGCUGAGACCGAAAAGGACAAGCCCGUUGGUCAGAUUUUUGCUACCACCUACUCCAAGGGAGACAUGCUCGAUGCUUUGGCUGAUGUCUACCUUGGCUUCACCUUCUGGUCUGUUCUGACUGGCUUGGGCUUGUUGAUCUGGUACUUCCCUCUCUGGCACAUGGGUAUCUCUGGCUAUGAAGCUUUCGUCAUGGCUCCCAUUUCUCCCUUCUUGCUCGGUAUAGCUUCCGUGCGCAGAGCUGUUGUCCACAACAUCCGUAUCGUCCACUUCCUCUCGCUCUCGGGUCUUGUCGCGUUCCUGAUCCCCAAACCCGAGUACCGCCUGUUUGCCGUCGGCUUUUCCAUCUUCAUGUCAGCUCUUGCGUGGUCUGCUACUUGGUGGUCGGAGCGUGCUCAGCCUGCCCGACUCGAAGCUCGUAUCUCGGCCUUCACCCUUGGUCUUCUCACUUCAAGUGUUGCAAAGUAUGCUUGCCAAACCAACAACCCAAUCUGGCCUGCUGUUCAUGCAGAAAACGGUGGCUGGAACUACACUGGUCUCAUUCUUGCCGUUGUCGCCAUCCUGAGAGCCACUCGUAAGCCGCUUGACCCUCGUGCUGAUGUGCCUGGCUACAAGGCUGUGACCGGCUCUUCUUUCCCUGCUGCUCUUGGGUUUGCUGGUCUCCUGUUUGGUAUGCACUCUCUUCUCUCGGACUCGAGUACCAUGAUCUCGUGGGUUUGGGAAGGCUUCCCAAUCCGCGGUCCUAUUGCUGUACCCCACGGUAACUACACCUUCCUUGCCAUGGGCUUUGGUCUGCUCAUUGGUAUCUACUAUCCUGUCUUCGCUCGCAGCUGGACUUUCUAUGGUAUCGGUGCUCUUGGUGCUGCUUUCCUCACAGCCUUCUCUCACUGGUCAGGCUUCUAUGGUGGUCUGGCACUCGCUACCUACCUUAUGGCUGCUGCUCCUGUCUUGAUCGGCAACGCUGCUAGAUACCCACCUGGUCGUACUUUCUUCCUCGGCUUCAUGUUCUACAACAUCUUGGUUCUUGCGCACGUCUGGGUUGUUGCAUACGCAUUUGUGCCCGGUGGUCCCCUUAUGCGCGAGCACACCGAUUGGGUCAUGACUGCCAUGAUGCUCUUUAUUGGUUGCGGUAUCUUCUCUGCAACUGCUUCUGAGACCAAGCGCUCUAAGUCUGCCCCUGCCAACCCUUAUGCUCGCAAGCAACGUUCCCACUACAUCUACAUCCUGAUCGGGCUUCAGCUUUUGGGCGCUUCUAUCUCGUACCUUCGCUUCCCUACCUACGACUACACUCCUUACCACGCACCCGAGAAGAGUGUCACAGCUGGUAUCUGGACAACCCACUUCGGUCUUGACAACCCCAUGUGGACAUCAGAGCGUCGCAUUGGUGCACUUGUCAAGGAAAUGGAGCUUGAUGUCCUGGGUUUGCUCGAGUCAGACACUCAGCGUAUUAUCAUGGGCAACCGUGACUCGACUCAAUAUCUCGCUGAAGAACUCGGCAUGUACGUCGACUACGGCCCGGGCCCCAACAAGCACACCUGGGGCUGUGCUCUGCUCUCCAAGUUCCCGAUUGUGAACUCUACUCACCAUCUGCUCCCUUCACCAGUCGGUGAGCUUGCUCCUGCUAUUCAUGCCACUCUUGAUGCUUAUGGCGAGAUGAUUGACGUCUUUGUCUUCCACUCUGGCCAAGAAGAAGACCCCGAGGACAGACGCUUGCAAUCCGAGUACCUGGCCGAUCUUAUGGGCUCGACCUCUCGUCCCUCCAUCCUGCUCUCUUACCUGGUCACCAAGACUGGUCAGGGCAACUACAACACCUACGUUUCUGAGCGCAGUGGUAUGAGGGACAUUGAUCCUAGCGACGACUGGGACAGAUGGUGCGAGUACAUUCUGUACAAGGGCUUGAGAAGAUCAGGAUAUGCCAGAGUUUCCAGAGGCACCAUCACUGACACCGAACUUCAGGUCGGCAAAUUCGUCGUUGGCCAGCCUGAAGGUGGCAAUGAGCAAAUCCCCGAGGAUCAAGUCCCUGAGGGUCUGCGCUUCCCUGCUAUGUUUAGGGGUGAGGGUGUCAGAGGACACAGAUACCACGUCUUCGACGAGCCUAGAUAUUAUGCUUGA